AUGGCUACCAAGAACAAAAUCAUUUUGCUCUUCGCACUAGCCUCCCUUCUAACUUGCGCCUGUAGUGAACAACUCCUUUCAUGCCUAUCAUCUGAUGGUGUAACAAACUUCUCCACCUAUGACGCUCCUAGAUACCUCCAUCUCCUUGAUCACUCCAUCCAAAACCUCAGAUAUGCUAUACCGUCAAUCAACAAACCCUAUGCAGUGAUCUUGCCAGAAAGUACGCAGCAAGUUGUGACAGCCAUACAGUGUUCAAGGGCAGGGUUAUGGGACAUCAGGCUCAGGAGUGGAGGCCAUAGCUUCGAAGGCUUAUCGUCCGUCUCUGAUAUGCCGUUCGUUAUCAUUGACAUGAUGAACCUAAACCAUGUCACAGUUGAUUUGGAAUCCGAGACCGCUUGGGUUGAAGCAGGUGCGACGCUAGGUGAGGUGUACCAUGCGAUCGGAACAUCCAGCAACCACUAUGCUUUCUCAGCCGGCAUUUGCCCCACUGUCGGGAGUGGGGGCCAUAUUAGUGGUGGUGGUUAUGGCCCGUUAGCAAGAAAGUACGGGCUUGCAGCAGAUAAUGUGGUGGAUGCAGUCCUUGUUGAUGCAGACGGGCGUGUUUUGAACCGUGAAACGAUGGGUGAAGAAGUCUUCUGGGCUAUCCGAGGUGGUGGUGGAGGAAACUGGGGUGUAGUUGUAAGUUGGAAAAUCCAGUUGCUCAAAGUACCGGAAACCAUAACUGUAUUCCAUUCCAUUCGAACCGGGCAACCUAGCCAGACUGCAGAGUUAUGGAACAAAUGGCAAUAUGUAGCACCAGAACUUGAGGAUGAUUUCUUCUUAAUGGUGUUGGUCGUACCAGAUAUCGAAUCAGCUGGGAUAGCAAUGACGUUCGUGGGCGUGUACCUUGGGUUAAAAUCAUCGGCCCUUGAAUCCAUGGACCGUGCUUUUCCCGAACUGGGACUAACCGAAGAAGAAUGCAAGGAAAUGAGAUGGAUCGAAAUUGUUCUUUAUCUAUGGGGUGUUGACAAUGUAGAGUUUCUGAAGGAUAGAUCUACAUUUACAAGGACAUUCUCGAAAUCGAAGGCAGAUGUUGUGAGGGACCCAAUUCCGAUGGACGGGAUUAAAGGUAUGCUGGAGAUGUAUGCAAAGCAGCCCAAAGGAUCCUUCAGAUUGGAACCUUAUGGUGGUAUGAUGAGUAGGAUCAGGAGAGACGCUUCGCCCUUCCCUCAUCGAGCCAGCACUAUGUAUGCGAUCGAGUACUUUGUGGAUUGGGAGGAAGCGGAUGAUGAUAAGAGAGAUGAAUAUGUUGAUUGGGUUCGUGGGGUACAUGAGUACAUGACGCCGUUUGUAUCGAACAGUCCCAGAGCUGUGUGCGUAAACAACAUUGAUCUGGAUCUCGGUGUGAUCGACUGGUCGAAUCGUAGCACAUCGAGUGUUGAUGCUGUUGAGGUGGCCAGAUCUUGGGGUGAGAAAUAUUUCAUGGAGAACUACGAUCGGUUGGUUCGAGCCAAGAGCAUGAUCGAUCCGAGUAAUGUGUUUAGUCAUAAGCAAAGCAUCCCAACUGCUAGUUUGGAGAUGAUGUUGUAA